AUGGUGGCCCCUGCCGGUGCGAUACCUCCACCACCUCCUCAUCAGUCGCCCUCGACAGCGCAGUCGCUUCCCCCCGAAGUCGUCGACAGCAUCGCUUCGCACUUGGUCAAGGCAAGCGACAUGACCUCUGCCGCAUGCGCGUGUCGGGCUUGGAGAGGUCCUUUCCAGCGGCGAGUCUUUCAAAACGUCCGCUUCGAUUCCAACCAAGCAGCGUACGCGUUUCUGCACUGCGGGUCGGCGCAACGUCACCUCGUCAAGGAAUUGCAUCUGUACGCCGAGGGCAUGGGAAGGGAUAUGGUUGCUUCUGCCCAUCACAAAAUCAUUGGGAGAAUGCAGGGCAUCGGCACGCUGUAUGCGAGCGGACUCGAUCUUGUACUUGACGAUCGAAUGCCAGACGCUUUCAAAGGUGAGCCGGGAGACAGGGUCCCAGCAACAUUAUACACAACGCACUCUGAUACAUUGCUCUCAACAACUACACUAUAGAUCUCCUCGAACUCGUUCUGUUUUGCGAAGUCAAAGUGCGCAAUGGAAACGGCCGCGCACCGUUCAUCUUCCCUCGACUCGAGCGGCUCUCGCUCAUGCAACUCGAAAGUUUCACUUUUGUACCUUUCCGACGCGGCGACCGCAGCAGCCUCGCACGCUACAUGCAGACCCCGGUACACCGACAUCUCGAACUUGGUGCAUACAGUGAUUUAAACGAGACAAGACGAGCGUUCUUUCGGCAAUUGUCCGAGAUAGGACGAGCGCAUCCCUCCGCACACGAGACCGAGACCAGACAGGCGUUCUUGCAGCAAUUGUUCGCGGGCAAUGGCGCUCGUCUCGUCUCGAUAUCCUACGCGAACAAAUGUGCGGACACUCGGAUGCUUGAAGAUAUGGUGUCAUGGCUUCGAUCAUGUACAUCGUUGUGCAUAUUCCGAAUCUCCCUUGCAGAAUACGAGAGCUACCAGUGGGCCCUCCGCGGGGCCGCACUCCGGGGUCUCGCCGAAUCGCUAGCACCUCUGCCCGAACUACAAGAACUCGACCUCACCAUCACGCACGUCGAAUGUUUUCGCAAUCCCACCGCUGACGUCGAGCACCUCCUCUCUCAAGAUCUUUUCCCGAAGCUUAAUACCCUCAAGCUUACAAUUGGCUUGCGCUAUCCGCGCUUUGUCUACGAUGCGCAUGGCGAAGCCACGGACUACGUCAAGGAACCACCCUCGGCGCCUGUCCGAUUCCUCCCUGGAGCAGAAGGGGUCAGCCUCGCAGAUUUGUGCGAGAGAAAGAAGAUCGCUUUGAACAUUACAGCCAUCUGA